CGAAAUUACAGAAGUUAUAUUAAUUGUUUAUUCCAUAACUUAAAGAAAAAAUUAUAUAUAUAUAUAUUAAGAUAAAAUUCUUAAUAAUAUAUUGUCUGGAAGAUAAUACAUAUUCUAGUAUGUAUUCCUUACUUAAUAAAACAGAAAAUGCUCACGAAGAUAGUAUUUGGACCUGUGCUUGGGGCUGUUUGAAGAAGAAAAAGGAAUCACAGCCGGAUAAUGAAGAUUCACGUGAAUCAAUACAAUUUAAUGAAGAUGAAACAGUGGAAUAUUUAGUUACUGGUUCAGUUGAUGAUACUGUUAAAGUUUGGGAACAAAAAGAUAAAAGUUUACAAUUAAAACAUAAAUUAACUGGUCACUCACUUGGUGUGGUAUCUGUUGCUGUAAGUUCAGAUGGUUCAAAAUGUGCAUCAAGUUCAUUAGAUUCUAGCUUAAAAUUAUGGGAUUUGGAAACAGGAAAUAAAAUAUCAAGUAUCGAAGUAGGCCCUGUAGAUAUUUGGACAGUAGUAUUUUCCCCAGAUGAUAAAUUCAUUGUAUCUGGUAGUCAUUCAGGAAAAAUACAUUUAUAUGGAACAGAAAGUGGUAAACAGGAACAAACUUUAGAUACCAGAGGUGGCAAAUUUACAUUAAGUGUUGCCUAUAGUCCUGAUGGUAAAUAUAUUGCUAGUGGUGCAAUAGAUGGAAUUAUAAAUAUUUUUGAUGUUACAUAUGGAAAAGUAUUACGUACAUUGGAAGGACAUGCAAUGCCUAUUAGGUCUCUUUGUUUCUCACCAGAUUCUCAAUUACUUCUUACUGCAUCAGAUGAUGGACAUAUGAAAUUGUAUGAUGUGAAAGAUGCUAAUUUAGCAGGAACUAUGUCAGGUCAUGCUUCAUGGGUACUUGGUGUUGCCUUUGCUCCAAAUGGUCAACAAUUUGCAUCUAGUAGUUCAGAUCAUACAGUUAAAGUAUGGGAACUAGCCCAAAGACAAUGUUUACAUACAUUUAAUGAACAUAAUGAUCAGGUAUGGGCUGUAAAAUACAAUCCACAAAGAAAUAAUAUAAUUGCAUCAGUAUCUGAAGAUAAAUCUAUUAAUCUUUAUGAAUGUCCAUUAUAUGAUAAAUAAAUUUUUCUUAAAUAACUAUGUAUUUUAUAUAUACAGGUAUUUAUAAAAAUAUGAGACAUUGGCGAAUGGAUUCGCGAGA